AUGCUACAAUUAAACCCAAGACCAGAAAUCUUGUUAGAUGUAACUGUACAUGGCAUUGUGAAGGUAGUCGUUGGCUUACCAAAAGAACCAAAGUAUAGAAGUGAAUUAGUUGAACUAAAUUUAUCUGGUGGCAAUUUUUCUAAUAGAUUUUUUGAAGAUGAUACAGUAGCUGAUCUGAAUGAAACAGAAUUAGAGGAAUUGAAUCUAGAUGAUGAGGUUUUAACAGAUAAUAGCCAAGAAUCAAGCGAUUCUGAUUAUGAUAAUGAUUUUGAAGAUAUGGUGAGAAAAUUGUUGGGAAUUAACAUGUAUACAAAAGAAUAUGAUGUAUGUCCGAGUUGUGAUACUUUAUAUGAGGUUUCAGAAGUUAUAAAUAAGCAAGAUAAAGGUUUUGAAUGCACACAUGUAGAGUUUCCUAGUCAUCCAAUACAUAGCCAAAGAAAGCCAUGUGGUGUUGAAUUGACUAAACAGGUUCCAGUUGUAGGUGCUCUUGAAUUUAUAAAACCACGACCAACAACUGGAAGCUUAGCAGCAAAUGAUGGGUUUGAUUUUGCUGAUUUAUAUCAAUUUGUACAAACUUUCCAUCAAAAUAUUGAUAACACCAUUACAGGUAGUGAACCUUUUCCUAGAAAAAUGCUUAAUCCAAAACAAACUUAUAUAUCUCUACCAGAUAACAUCUAUAAGCUACUUACAGAGUAUUACAAAAUGGCAUAUAAUAAAAAUUUUGCAACAAUUGCUGAAGUAAUGUCUGGCAAAAAAAUUUUUGAUGAUAACAUUAUU